CGAACCGGGAACCGGAUCGUAAUUUCAAAUCCGCAGAACGCAGAGUGAUCAUCAUCAUCAUCGUCAUCACCAUCACUCCGAUUCUCAGAUCUGUUCGUCCUGUAUCGGCGUCUGCUCCUCCGUCGCCGGCGAUUCCAAUCACAUGAGAGUUCAUUCACAAUCAAAACCUUCGCGGUGAGUAAUCUAAUCUAAUCCCAUAUAAAAAAUGCAGACCGCAUCGAGCUCGGCUCCGUCGCCGGAAGCCAUACUAGAGUGGCUUCAGAAGGAGAUGGGAUACCGAAGCAAAUCCCACGCGCCUUCCGUCGAUUCCGUGAGGAAGAUCUGUAGAGGGAACAUGAUCCCCGUCUGGGGGUUUCUGAUCAAUCGAGUGAAGUCUGAAAAGACUGUUGAUAGCAUUAGGCGUAACAUCACCGUCCAUGGUAGUGUUGAUGCCGUUAGUUCAGUGAAGGAGGAGAGUAAGGUUAAAGGGAGAGAGGCUGCGAAAGAGGUGGAGAGGUUGAGGAAUCUCGUGAGGAGGCAAAGGAAGGAUCUUAAAGCGAGGAUGCUCGAGGUCUCUCGAGAGGAAGCUGAACGGAAGAGGAUGCUUGACGAGGGAGCUAGUUACAGGCAUAAGCAAGUCAUGCUUGAAGCUUAUGAUCAGCAAUGUGACGAGGCGGCGAGAAUAUUCGCUGAGUAUCACAAAAGGCUGCAAAUUUACGUUAACCAAGCGAGAGGGAAGCUCAGCACUAAUAGCCAGAGGGAAGCUGAUGAUGAUGUUAUUCUCGUUGGGAAGGCUUGUGAAUCACUUGCGUCGCGCAUGGUUGAGAGAAUAUGUGACUCUUUCCCUGCUUACGAAGGAAACGGAGUUCAUUCGCAUCCUGAGCUUGAAACCGCCAAGCUGAGUUUUGAGUAUGAUGGAGAGAUGUCUGAUGAGAUGAGAGCUGUUAUAUUGAGCUGCCUGAGUAGUCCUCCUCUUCUCCUUCAGGCUAUUGCUGCACACAGCUUACGCCUUAAGACCUUAAUAGAGAGGGUAGAUGUCAGAGCUGAUGCUGAAACAUUGAGGUAUAAGUACGAAAACAACCGGGUAAUGGAGAUUUCUUCUUCUGAUGUGAGCUCGCCAUUAAGUUAUCAGUUUAACGGUAAUGGGAAGAUAGCCACGGAUACUCAUUCCAAAGGAUCUAACAACCAGCUCCUCGAACGACAGAAAGCACAUGUGCAACAAUUUUUGGGAACUGAAGAUGCGUUAAACAAAGCCGCAGAAGCUCGGGUUUUAUGUCAGAAACUCAAAAACCGUUUGCAAGGAAGUGCUGACACAGUUUCUUCACAUUCACUUGGUGGAGGCACGUCACAGAAUGUUAGAAAUCUUAGGCAAUUAGAGUUAGACGUAUGGGGCAAGGAACGAGAAGCUGCUGGUUUGAGGGCUAGCUUAAGUACACUUUUAUCUGAAAUACGACGGCUGAAUAAAUUAUGCGCUGAAAGGAAAGAAGCUGAACAUUCAUUAAAACAGAAGUGGAAGAAAAUUGAAGAAUUUGAUGCUCGCAGAUCCGAACUUGAAACCAUAUAUACUACUCUUCUCAAGGCCAACAUGGAUGCUGCUGCCUUCUGGAAUCAGCAGCCACUAGCUGCAAGGGAAUACGCAAUGGCCACUAUAAUUCCAGCGUGUGAGGUUGUUGCAGACAUUUCGAAAAACUCUAAAGAUUUCAUUGAGAAAGAAGUGUCUGCUUUCUUCCAAAGUCCUGAUAACACCCUCUAUAUGCUUCCAGCAACUCCGCAGGCCCUUCUGGAGUCUAUGGGAGCUAAUGGGUCAACAGGACCUGAAGCUUUUGCUUCAGCAGAGAAGAAUGCUGCUUUGUUGACUGCAAGAGCUGGUGCUAGAGAUCCAUCGGCAAUACCUUCUAUAUGCCGCAUUUCUGCCGCCCUUCAGUAUCCUGCGGGUUCAGAGGGUUCGGAUGCAAGUUUGGCAUCGGUUCUAGAGUCUCUUGAAUUCUGCUUGAGGCUCCGUGGCUCCGAGGCAUGUGUGUUGGAAGAUUUAGCAAAAGCAAUCAACUUGGUGGAUAUUCGUCAGGAUUUAGUUGAAAGUGGUCGCUCUCUACUAAGUCAUGCUUACCAUGCCCAGCAAGAAUAUGAAAGGACAACUAAGCAUUGCCUAGAUCUUGCCACAGAGCAAGAUAAUACAAUAACAGAGAAAUGGUUGCCUGAGCUCAAGACUGCAGUCUUGAAUGCUCAAACUUCAUUGGAGCACUGCAAAUACGUAUGGGGUUUGCUGGACGAAUGGUACGAACAGCCUGCUGCAACCGUUGUGGACUGGGUCACGGUAGAUGGACAAAACGUUGCGGCUUGGCAUAACCAUGUGAAAUCAUCCUAUUGUCUUUUACGAUAAGGAUGAAUAAACAAACGUCCAUCAGAAGUUGAAGUUGAAAGUCUAUUUGAAACAUUCGGUCCCAGGCACUACAAAGAUUUCACCAAAAGGUACAAUUGUAUAGAGAACGUUUUCUAUUCUCCAUAGUAACUAUCCACUGUUUUAUUUAAUAGGUCUCGAGUUUCUUUGUGGGUUUGAUGAUUGUUUCUAAGCCUAACACUUGUGUUUUGUAUAAACAAGUGGUGGAAUAGCUCUGUUUUCAUGAACUAAAAAAAAAAGACACUGCACGUGUUAAUAUAUGUGUUACAAAUAACUCGAGUUUUAUCUUCUUGA